GCCCCGCCGAUAAUUCACGGUGCCUCGUAAAAAGUCGGCAUUAAAGCGCCCCGGGCCUACAAAUCACCGGCGCCAAAUUAUGAGUACGCUCGACUUCACCAACGCGCUGUUUUCCAAAUAUCAACAAGCUGCCGCGAGCCGCUCCGCUCUGCUCCUUCGAGACUCUCCAACGUAUUCCUUCCCGUCUUCCUCUGCUGCUCCUGCCGUGUCUUCUUCAUGCGCGCUCGUGUCCAGCGGAUAUCACCUUCAUGUCUUCAAUAAGAGAGGCGUCGGGGAGCUCCCUCCCUCCCCCUUUUCUUCAUCUCCUUCCUCCUCCUCUCUUGCCCCCUCCUCUUCUUCCUCAGCGGUCUGUUUGUCUCUUUCGGGACUGAACCGGAGCAGCGGGAGUAUCCAGCCGUGCGCGCAACCUUUCAACCCCGCCCAAGUGCGCACAGGGGGGGGUUAUAGCGCGCAGGGAGCCGGCUCACUGAGCUCCUCUCUGCAGGGGUGCGCCGCGGAGCGGUACCCCGGUCAGUUGUGCUCGGUGACUAGGCUCCCUGAGCCGGCCUGCAGGAGGCAGAGUUGCCCGGAGCAGCAGCAGUUCAACGAGAAGGAGCUGCGGAUUUACCCCUGGAUGAGGAGCUCAGGUGAGGAGUGGGAGGAGGUGGUGAGG